AUGCCUUCCACGACCAUUACAUCGCUUCUCUGGCCUGCAGGCAGCAGUGUAGCUGUUACAGGCGAGGUUUUCGAAGCCGAACCCACCGAAACACGAUACAUGCUACGAGGUUGUAAAGACAUCGAGUGCGAUUACCAGACAGCAUUUGUCAAUCUCGGCCCAUGGGCCAGCGAGACUUUACCGAAAGGCGCUGCCGAGACAGGCGUCUACGAUGUGCAUGGAACUGUUGAUGGAACUGUAUAUUCCAGCGUCUGCGAAAUGAGCCGGUCCGUGAUCGAGAAGUGCACUGUCUCGAUGCAAUCCGGGUUCGACGAUUCGACAGAGUAUAUAACAACCAGGACAAAGGGCGAGACGGGUGCAGAUUUCACCCUUUCAUACCACGCUGUCACGCUUACCCGCGGAUUCGAGAAAUUUUCUUCCACUUCAGACGCCACACCGGCCAGCAAGGAUUCAUCUACUGAUGCAGCUUCCUCAACCACUGCGGCUUCGACUGCCACCGAGACCAGCCUUAAUAGCGCAACAGAUGAGCCCAACAGCUCAACCGACACGGAUAUCCCAAACAAAGCAGCCACCGCCACGGAAUCAUCUGACUCGGCUGCUCCCACGGAGACGAAUUCCGCCGGAUCUCAACCUCUGAUUCGUGCAUUCGCUGCUCUGGCUUUAGCCGGAUUGGCAACUACGUUGGUUAUUUAA